AUGAGAGUAAUCUCACCACCUUCCGAAGAAGAGGAUACUCCAGGCUCUGAUAGCGCCGGCAGCAGUGCUGGCGCUGAAGAGACUGUUCCUGACGAGAUGUUCCCCAAGGCACGCGAUUUCGCAAUGAAGAUCUAUAAAAUAGUUGCUUUGCGUUUCGGAGAUCCGAACACAUUGCCCUUUCUUCAUACUUUCCUAGCCUUUAUGUGGCAUAUGAGCAAAUUCCCUGCUGCCAUGGCUCAUAUCGAGCGAGAGUUCCCAUGGCAACUUACUGCAACAAUGCUCAACCAUACCUUCCAGUCCUGUGGAUUCGAGGCACGAAUGGAGAGCGAGGAGUUUCCGGGUGCUCUCAAGAAUGACACUCCUCGUCCUCUGCCGGAGGAUUUUGCGAUGAGGAGCUUGGUCUAUACGGAGGACUACCUACCAUCGCAGUGGUUUAAAGAUAGCAAGGUGGAGGAAGACGAGAAACAAUUCGAGCUGGCUUCAAUGGUCGACCAGCGAAAAGAGAGACUCCUUUGGCUGGGA